AAGUGUCAGUCAGUUUGAGAAUUCUGUCAAAGCAGCCAGCUGUUUACGUUUUCUAUCGUUAUUUUGCGAUCGUUUUCUCGACUUUUGUUAUACAUUAUUGUUUUUAUGCUCACGCUUUUACUCCUUUUAAUACCGAGUGAAAUACAAUCGUGCAUUAAAUACGUAUUUCAUUAAAUGAUGUCAGAUGUCAAGAGGUGAAUAAUCUGUGUUUAGUGUUCUAACGUGAGAGUGAGUUUUUAUAUUGUUUGGGAUUUGGAGCGAUAAACAUUUCGGUAACGUUGGGAUGCAAGUGCAUUGGAUCACGAAGACUAGUCAGUGCGUAGUGUUGUGAAGUGGUCGACAGAUGUCGUUGUGCUGUUAGUGUCGCGUCACACGGGUGUCAUGGUGGCGUCAUGGCGCGCGCUGGCGCUGCUGGCUGCGCUUCACGUGCUGCAAGCUGUACCUGAGUCCAUGUACCACAAUCAGUUCGCUGUACACGUGCCCUCAGGUCCGCAUGUCGUGGAUGAUAUCGCGAGGCGACACGGCUUCCAGAACCAUGGACAGAUUGGUUCUCUGAAACACUACUAUUUAUUAUCACAUCACGAAGUAAGAAAGCGGUCGAUAGAGCCCAGCCACGAGCACCAUCGGAAGCUAAAUGAGGAGCCUCAGGUCCGAUGGGUACAACAACAGCGCGAGCGGCGGAGGGUCAAACGAGACUACAACCAUUUCGACGGUGGCCUGUUCUCUCAGAUCUCAAGGAGGCCUCAUCGGACGCAACACAGAGCUUUGGCAGCGCCAAUAUUCUUCCCAGACCCUUUAUAUAAAGAGGAGUGGUAUUUGAAUGGUGGAGCCAAAGAUGGGUUGGACAUGAACGUGGUGCCGGCCUGGCAGAAAGGCUACACAGGGAAAGGAGUCGUAGUUUCGAUUCUCGACGACGGAAUACAGACCAACCAUCCAGAUUUGGCGCAGAAUUAUGACCCAAAUGCGUCGACAGAUAUCAAUGGAAAUGAUGAUGAUCCUAUGCCCCAAGACAACGGUGACAAUAAACAUGGUACGCGAUGUGCCGGUGAAGUUGCAGCAGUCGCCUAUAACCAGUAUUGUGGUGUUGGAGUUGCAUACAAUGCCAGUAUUGGUGGAGUCAGGAUGUUGGACGGUGUGGUUAAUGAUGCAGUUGAAGCUAGAGCUUUAGGAUUAAAUCCUGACCAUAUUGAUAUUUAUAGUGCCUCCUGGGGUCCUGAAGAUGAUGGCAAGACGGUUGACGGACCAGGACCGUUGGCUCGGAGGGCAUUUAUCUACGGAGUAACAAGUGGACGCAACGGCAAAGGCUCAAUAUUUGUUUGGGCUUCAGGAAAUGGUGGCAGACAUACUGACUCUUGUAACUGUGAUGGCUACACAAACAGCAUAUUUACUCUAUCCAUAUCUAGUGCUACACAAGGAGGAUAUAAACCUUGGUAUUUAGAAGAAUGUUCGUCUACUUUAGCCACGACUUACAGUUCAGGUACCCCUGGACAUGAUAAGAGUGUAGCAACAGUCGAUAUGGAUGGGAGAUUGCGACCAGACCAUAUUUGCACAGUCGAACAUACUGGAACCUCUGCUUCUGCGCCUUUAGCAGCUGGAAUCUGUGCUUUAGCCUUAGAAGCCAACCCUGAUCUGACAUGGAGAGAUAUGCAAUACCUAGUAGUACUUACGUCGCGACCAUCACCUUUGGAGAAAGAAAACGGUUGGAUAGUUAAUGGAGUAAAAAGAAAAGUCAGUCAUAAAUUUGGUUACGGUUUAAUGGACGCUGCAGAAAUGGUGAGUUUAGCAGAGCAAUGGGUAUCAGUCCCACCUCAACAUAUUUGUAAGUCGCAAGAAAUAAACGAGGACAAACAAAUUGACUCGUCGUUUGGAUAUACACUCACAACACAUAUGGAUGUUAAUGGUUGUAGCGGAACUGUAAAUGAAGUACGAUAUUUAGAACAUGUUCAAUGCAAGAUAUCGUUAAGGUUCUUCCCUCGGGGUAAUUUGCGGAUACUCCUUACAUCACCCAUGGGAACAGUAUCGACGUUGCUCUUCGAAAGACCCCGUGACGUUGUCAGCUCCAACUUUGACGACUGGCCAUUCCUUAGCGUACAUUUCUGGGGUGAGCAUGCUGAAGGUAGAUGGAAACUUGAAAUUGUAAACGGCGGAAACAGACAUGUCAACCAACCAGGAAUACUUAAAAAAUGGCAAUUAAUAUUCUACGGUACGUCAAUAGACCCAGUGAGGUUACGAACAAAGAGACCAUCAGCGGUCGCCCCGCCGUUUGCUUUCCCGACCGCAGCGGACGGGUACGAAACUCUUGGUGACCCUUUUUACAACGGUGACGCGUUUGCUAAUUACCAGAACUUUCCCGCUUUGUUUGCCGCCGGGUCGAACCCAGAGAAAGCGGUAGCCAACCUCGAUGGACAUAAUGUCCCUUCUCCGCAUGGGGAGAAUGUCCUCGCUGAUAGUAAUGACAAGCGCGUCAUACACGAAUGUGAUCCGGAAUGCGAUUUUCAAGGAUGCUAUGGAAAAGGACCGACUCAAUGUAUUGCCUGUAAACAUUAUAGACUAGAUGACGCUUGCGUAUCGAGAUGCCCUCCGAGGAGUUUCGCCAAUCAGGGUGCUGUAUGUUGGCCGUGCCAUGAGUCUUGUGAAACUUGCGUUGGGCCUGGUCAAGACUCUUGUUUGACUUGUGCGCCUGCACAUUUAUUGGUAGCCGAUUUAGCUGUGUGCUUGCAGCAAUGUCCUGACGGUUAUUGGGAGGACAGUGAGUCGUCAGUUUGUCGUCCAUGCGCUGCCCAUUGUGCAACUUGUUCGGAUCGAGCUGAUGCGUGUACUUCGUGCGAGCAUCAUUUGGUAUUGCACGACGGGACGUGUGCGGCGUCUUGCCCGCCAUCUUAUUAUGAAACUGAAGACUACAUGUGUGCAAAAUGUCACAAUUCCUGUAUUACGUGCUCAGGACCGGGAGAGGCGCAAUGCGUGACUUGUCACCCGUCAAGUUACUUGUUAGAAGGACGCUGUCUCACGUCUUGCCCUGCAACUUAUUACGCUGAUAAGAAGAGGAAAGAGUGUAUGAAGUGUCCGGUGGGCUGUACCACAUGCACGAGCGGUUUCUGCCUCAGCUGCGAUCCGGGUUGGGAGGUGAACAAGAAGGGCAGGUGCGUCCGCCAGGGCUCCGACCGCUGCACCAUCGGGGAGUUCCUGGACGGUCAGAGGUGUCGCCGUUGUCACAACGCCUGCGAGUCUUGCUACGGGGAGGACGUUGGACAUUGUCUCACUUGUCCGUCGCCUGAUUUACUGCAGGAUUAUAGCUGCGUGACGGAAUGCGGGAGAGGUUACUACGCUGAAGGUGGAAAAUGCGUUCGCUGCAUGCACGGAUGCGCCGAUUGCGUUUCCAGGCUGAACUGCACCGCGUGUGCGGGCAGCCUGCUCCUGCAAUCCGGCGCUUGCAGAACCGCUUGCGCUGAUGGGUUCUACGCAGACCGUGGUCUAUGUGCAAAAUGCUAUAUAUCGUGCCGCACGUGCAUUGGGCCGCGGCGGGACCAGUGCGCGACCUGUCCCCAAGGCUGGAGGAUGGCGGCUGGGGAGUGCCACCCGGAGUGCCCUCAAGGCUUCUACCAAAGCGUUGGUGGUUGUCGUCACUGUCACCACUACUGUCAAGAGUGUGACGGCUCAGGUCCCUUGCACUGCAAAUCGUGUCCCCCGCGCUUCAUGCUCGACGGGGGACUGUGCAUGGAGUGCCUUGGCUCUCAGUACUAUGACGCAACGACUGCUGCGUGCAAGGGCUGCGAUGCAACUUGCAGGGCUUGUUCGGGCCCCGGGCAGUUUAGUUGCACGGCCUGCUCACGCCCAUUGAGACUUGACAGACUGAACAACCAAUGUGUGCCGUGUUGUGCCGAAAGGACUUCUGUGACGAACUCCACACCAGCUCCAGACUGCUGCCAUUGUCAUCCUGACACGGGCGAAUGUAUAAAUUCGUCCGUGGCGGGCAAGCGGCGGAUAGCCGAGUCGUCCGCGCUUCACACCGCGCCGAGCGCCGCCGCGCCGAGCUUAGGGGCCGUCACUCUCACCGUGUGCGCGGUCGCCGCGGGCUUGUUCCUAGCCGUACUGCUGGUGCUGCAGAUGGCCAGUUCUCGCCAAACGCGCAAGAAUUCGCGGGGCGUUCGCGGCGCCCUAUAUUCGCCGCUCGCGUGCAGCGAAGACGGAGAGGUCAAAAUAGUGAAAACGCACACAACGUUCCCCGCCCAAGAGUUCGACGAACGCCUCGACGAGCAAGAACACGAAAACGAACCUCUCCUCGAACAUUCUAUAUAGCGCGCUGUGAUCGUAGACGUAAGUGUACGUAGACUUGUGAUCCAGACAUGUGUGUUGACGCGGGUUUCGCUAGAAGUAAGAAAAAGUAGUGAUACGGCAUCACAACUUCCUAAUUAUUGAAUUUACAGUCAAACAAAGCGACUCAGGAAUUUUGGUAAUGCAAGUUUCGAUAUACUAUCAAACCCGCAUUAAGCGUAAGUUUUCUAUGAAAGCGAAGUCAUCGUGUUGCGAUCGCAUAGUAUCGUAUAAUGUCUAUGUAGGUAUAUUAUAGAACAUUAGCUAAAGACACAUGCCUGUUUUCCUAGAGGGCGGUUCCCUACAAAGAGACGGUGCCACUAUUUUGGUUGGAAAGUGUAAAAUCUAGCGAUCAAAGACCGCUAUUGAGGGGAACUGAAGCUUUAUACAAAUGAUUCGAUAUUUUUUUGGGAUUUGAAUGCAAAUUUUAUACAACAUCAAAUUCCAUGCGUAUAACACUGUACAGGAGCGUUCGGGACGUAAAUGUAUGUACGUAUGUAAUAUAGCUAGAUAUAAAUUAUAAGUUUGAACAAAAUGUUCGUUACGACGGGGCACAACCCCUUGCCGUGUUUUGUGAUAUUGAAACUUAGUUCUUAUAUUUAGAACGACUUGCAUGACAAAAUAUUUAACUUUAAUUACAUAAAUCGUUUUUGAAUUUCGUUAAUUCCGUCAAUACAUCAACAAUUAUUGUCGCAAAAUUAUGUGUGUUGUGUGAGUCGGUCUUCCAAAAGGUCUGCGGUUACUAAUUAAAUAUUCCCAAGUUAAAGUCCCUUUCUCGAAAUUAUCUGUAAUGACUAAUAAAAAAUGUUUUUUUAAGGUUAGUUUGGGUACAAUCACAAGUCACAAGUUUUAUAUUUUUUAAUUCAUAAUUCUCCAUAUUUACAUGCACAAUAUUUUUACUCAAUUUUAUCUGGUUGAAAUAGGCCACUCUUACUUUUAUUUUCAUCGUCAUAAAAAUAUAUAAAUUGAAUUAUAUUUUCCGAGUACUUUUUAGUGGUAUUUGAAUUUAAUUCAUAUCUCCGAUCGCAAUCAAUUUCGGUUUCUGUAAACAAAACAAUUUGCCUGGUCGAGUCAACACGAGUCUCGUUCGACAAGAAAUCAAUACGACCAAACGUGACCUGGAUCAAUCAUGCAUGUGUCACUGAACCAGGGUUCUUGCCUCACGGAUUACUAAUCCGAAGAGGAUUUUUAAUUAAAUAUAAAGUUGAAUCUCGCAUGAAGAAAAUGGCUCUCUAAAUUUUAUGACAUUUAAUUAUUUAUUAAAUUAAUUAGCUAAUAUCGAUCUUGAGCUAGUCAUACCAAGAUCAGCUUCUUUUAUAACAUAAUACAAAAUUAUAUUUAAUAAGUAACAGCAGAUCUCUUUCACUGAAGUCAUUUCGAACGUAAUAUCCACCCUAUAGUCAUUACCACAUUUUGAUCGUCAUUAUCGAAUUUAAGACCAUUUCGGCUCCAAAAUGGCGACGCAAUCCGAUCUGUAUAUUAUUAUAUUUACAUUAUUUUAUCAUUAAGUAGGUAUAGGACCAGAAGUUACCAUAGAAAUGAAUUAAACGUACAAUAUUUUUUUGAUAUCCGACUAAUGUUAUUCAUUGAUAAAGCCUGAUGAUAAUUUCAAAAUAUUUUUCUUAUGACUUGUCAUAUUUUUAAACGUAAUUUUAAGUAGAAAAGCUUAUAUCUUAGUUUAGUUUAUGAAUUAGUGAAAUUAUGUCAGAAUAUUUUUUUAUGAUGAUUUCAAUCAUCAGAUACAUUUAUAUUUGCAGUUGCAUUUCGUAUUUGUCACAAGUUUAUUAUCAUUUAGGUGUAUUUCAAGUUUAUCUGAUGAUGGAAAAAUCCAGUUAGAUUUACAUCUAUAUUUCUGAAUUAGCAUUUGUAUAUAAUCAAUUGUUGAUUGAAAAAUUCUAAGUGAUUAAAAGAUUUUAUCUUUCCUGUUUAAAUAAUUGUAUACUGUGUAAACUAUACAAUAUAAACAAAACUAUUUGCUACUAAUCUCAUUAUAAUUUUAAAACUUCUCAACUGCAACUGGCACACAUAUGUCAAAGUUGACAUUGACAGUUCCAUAGCCAAUCAAAAAUUAACACGCAUGUUGUGAUUGGCUAAUGCGUCAAAUUGGAUAUGCAAUUCCGGUUGCUUGACUAAAGUUACAUUUAAUUCGCCAAGCUUACUUCUCAAGCAAUCGAUUUUAAUUUGUAACUUAUUCUAUUUCCUUUAGAAAUAUCUGCAUUUUUGCAGAUUAAACAGUAUUUUCUAGUGCUCAAUUUCACCGGAGUGUCUACCUUUCAUUGGUCUUAGGUGGCUCAGUAUUGCGGCUUAAAUUGAUUUUUUUAAUAAUAUUGAACCGCUUCAAAUUGGAAUCGAUUCUGCGAAAGUAGGCCAUCAGGUUUUCAGGAUCAAGGAAUGUUACCAUUUGUCACAAAUUGUAUAUAAUAAGAGUUAGCUAGAUUGUUGAAUUGUUAAUAAAUAAAAUAUUAUCGAAAUAUAUUACCAGGCAAUAAGUAUUAUAUGUUUAGUUAUACCUUUGUCUAUGGCUUUCACUAAUGCGUUUAGUAGCGAAACAAGCGAAAUCAUCUUCCCUUGGCUUCGUGUAUAAUUUGUUGCUGGGGACUAUAACAAAAAAACUUGAAAUUAAUUAAUGUAUGUCGUCACAUAUUCGAAUAUUUUGGUCUCAAUAUUUCAUGAUACUUGUAUAAAUUAUUAUAUAAUUAUUUAUCCUAAUUAAUGUUAGUUUCGCUUAACAUCUUGACAUCUGAUCGUCUUUGAGAUUUUAAAUUUAUUUUGGAAUAUUUAAGCUUAUUAUAUGAAAUCCUUCGUCUGUAAUGGUUAAUAAUAAUUAUUCUGUUACAGUUUUAUAAUUUGUUUUAGUGGGAAUCUUUUUAAUUAAGAAUAUAUUUUUGUAUGAAAUAUUCUUAUGUGCAAUUAAUAUUUGUAAUAAAAAGGAAGUCUGUGUCA